GUUGUUGGGACAUGGAUUUCUUCUGACAUUUCUGGCCACUAGAUUUCGUGAGGAAUCUGUGAAACCAUCUUGAGGUGGGUGCGGUGACUAUGAUCCCAUAUUGGGCCAGUGUACUUGAGGCUGGAUCAAGCCCCCUUUCAGUCUAUGCAUUGCGUUUGAGCCCUGGCGAAGAAAUUCUGACCUCUUUGAUAACGUUUGUGAAGGAUAAGAAGCUGAAAGCUCCAUUUAUCAUCACUUGUGUGGGCAGUGUAACCAAGGCAACGCUCAGACUGGCAAAUGCCACUGCUUUGAAUACUGAUGAGAUCAUACAUCUGAAUGAAAGGUUUGAAAUCGUCUCGUUGGUUGGAACUCUGAACGAAGUGGCUCAUUUGCACAUAACUCUGGCUGACAAGGAUGGCAGAACGAUCGGCGGGCACGUAUUAGGUGACCUGGAAGUCUUCACCACAGCUGAACUAGUCAUUGGUGAAUGUGUUGGGCUUGAAUUCACCAGAGAGAUGGAUGAUCGUACAGGUUUCCCUGAGCUUGCCAUUAGUAGUCGCACUAAACAGGCCUGGCCCUAGAGCAGCAAUUUGUACUCUGUAAUUUAUAUGCCACUUUUCAAAAAAAAACAUUGCAGUGAAUAAAUUGGACUGGAGCAUGCUUUGUCUGCUCUUUGCUUUGGCUUAUUGAUUCAGCCACUUUGAUCACACACAAACUAAUCAAUUCUACAGUGGAUAGACAACACAACAUAAUUUCUACCAAACUCUUCAAAUGACUUGUCAUUAAUUUGCCUCUUUGCUUGCACUUGUUGGCAGAGCACAAGAUGCAGUUGGCUUCCUCCGUCUAUUAGCAGGGUUGUGCUCUUGGGAAUUUAGUGGGUUGGAAGGACGAAUACACUGUGUUUGCUCAUCCUUACAGACUUACUUAUUACCACUAAUUGGGAGGGACAGUUCAAACAAGCACAGAAGAGCAGUUGUCAGUUGACAAGCGUGACAUGGGUUUAAAGAAGCAGUCGGAACUGGCCGUGCUGCCUUGUCCCAGCCCCUCCUUUCCCUGGCUUUAAGCCAAGCCCACAUCCUGCUCAAGUUGGCCACUUUGAUUAGGAAAGUUAUUAACAAGCAGAAAAAAAACUAGGAAGUCAGAGCAAAACAAAUUAGCUGAGAAAUCUGCAAACCUACAGCUGUUUGGAACAGGGCAGGGUGACCAUUGUUCAACAGAUGACAGAUAAGACAGGGCAGGCACUUGGUACCAAAUAGUGAAGUCUCAAAAUAUGUGAUUUGUAUUCACACCGUAAACCUCCCUGCUUCUUUACCUUUCUCCUCCUUUAAGAUGUCAUUACAACCUCCCUUUGAUCAUGUAUUUCCCCCUAUAUUCUAAAACCUCAUAAUGUGCCUUGCUGUCAAAUAUUAUACGGUAACACUCCAGUCAAAAGCAUUGGGGUGUUUUGCUACAUUUAAAUGUGCUAUCUAAAUGCAAGUAAUUAUCCUUGUUAGAACGAUGCUGUAAACACAAAGACUGAAACAAAUGUUUAGCAAAAACUUUAACCAUUGUUAGGAACAAUUCAGCCACAGUCUAAAAGUCACCCUGAUGACCAGCAAAGAUUUGUGCAAGUGACAGUGAGAGCUUGUCAGCUGAGUACUUAACACAUGCAGGACAGCUAGAAGUGUGGG